GUGGAUCAUGAUGAACAUACUUUAGGGACUUGCCAUAGUAUGGCUGCUUCUCGAUCUACUCGUGUUACAAGAUCAACAGUGGGGUUAAAUGGUUUGGAUGAAAACUUUUGUGGUCGAACCUUAAGAAACCGUAGUAUCGCUCAUCCAGAAGAAUUAUCUCCUCAUUCUCAAGUACGAUCAAGAUCACCAAAGAAGAGACCAGAGUCUGUGCAAACUCAAAAGGGAAGUAAUAGUGGAAGAACUACUGACUUGAAACAGCAAAAUGCUAGGGAAUCAUGGGUGAGCCCUAGAAAGAGAGGACUGUCUACUUCUGAAAAAGAUAAUGUUGAGAAACAAAUUGUGGAAAAUUGUGAGAAAAGACCAGGAGAAUCUGUAUCACCAGUUUUAAAACGAAUUAAACGUUGCCUACGUUCAGAAGUAGCAAACAGUUCAGAAGAAGAUUUGCCUACUAAAGCAGAAAAGGAAUCAUUGGAGUGUAAGAGUUCCAUAUCGGACAAUGAUGCAGUCUCUGCAGGGACUAAACGAGCUUGUCGAUGUCUUAUACUGGAUGAUUGUGACAAAAGGGAAGUUAAAAAGGUGAAUGUCUGUGCGGAAGGGUUUAAUAAUUCUGCAAUAGUUGAAGAGCUCACGGGCUAUCAGGCUGUCAAUGGGGUUGAUGAGAGAGAGUCAGAUGCCCUAAACUGUGAUGAUUGUCAGCCUGGUGGGAACACUAAACAGAACAGUGCUGGUUCCUGUAUGCCCAAGGAGAAAACAGUAGCAGAAAAUGGGAAUUCAUUUGCCCAUUCUUCAUUGUUGCUUAAUAGCAGCAAGGAGGACAGUGUUAUAGACCACUAUGUGCCUUGCACAAAUUCACCUGAACAGGUAAAGUUAGAGGACCACAAAAUAAGUGACUGCUUGCCUGCGGAAUCUGUUGAUCAGGCAAAUGAGCCAGCUACAGGGUCCUUUUCUGAAAUCCAGUCAUCUUUCUUAAGGGAUUCUGAGGAGGAGGUAGAUGUGGUGGGAGAUAGCAGUGCCUCAAAGGAACAGUGUGCUGAAAACACCAACAGCAACCUGAACGCCGAUCAUUAUAGUACAUCAAUCUCAGGUGAACCUGAACCACCAUCUUCUGUGCUGGAAUGUGUUUCAGCUCAAAUUACAUCUAUGUCAGAACUUCAAGAACACAGAUAUACAUUGAGAACUUCACCACGAAGGGCUGCCCCUGCCAAAGGUAGCCCCACUAAAAAUAACUCGCCUUGUAGAGAAAAUGGGCAGGUUGAGGAAAAUAAUCUUAGUCUCACUGAAAAGAAUAUAGCUGCAAGUACUAAUAAUAUCCGUGGAUCUCCCAUAAACGCUAAAGAAAUUAUGCAGAGUGAAAAAGUGAGAGGUUGUGACUCUGGAGAUUAUGUGAGUGAUGGACUAAGUAAGCCACCCUCUGAGGCUCGGCUCAUUGCUGGAUAUAUAUCAUCUGCCAAAGAGAGUGCCAACCUGCACACUGCAGAAGAUGAUGAGGAAGAGCCUGAUGUGUAUUACUUUGAAUCAGAUCAUGUGGCAUUGAAACACAACAAAGAUUAUCAGAGACUGUUACAGACGAUUGCUGUACUCGAGGCUCAACGUACUCAAGCAGUUCAAGACCUUGAAAGUUUAGGCAGACACCAGAGAGAAGCACUGAAAAAUCCCAUUGGAUUUGUGGAAAGACUCCAAAAGAAGGUUGAUAUAGGGCUUCCAUAUCCUCAAAGAGUUGUCCAGUUGCCUGAGAUUGCCUGGGACCAAUAUACCACCAGCCUUGGAAACUUUGAGAGAGAAUUCAAAAACCGGAAACGUAACAGUAGGAGAGCGAAGCUGAUUUUUGACAAAGUAGGUUUGCCUGCAAGACCAAAAAGCCCUUUGGAUCCCAAGAAGGAUGGAGAGUCCAUUUCAUACUCGAUGUUGCCUUUAAGUGAUGGCCCAGAAGGUUCUACAAACAGCCGCCCACAGAUGAUAAGAGGGCGACUUUGCGAUGAGACCAAACCCGAAACUUUUAACCAGCUGUGGACUGUAGAAGAACAGAAAAAACUUGAACAAUUACUCCUGAAGUACCCACCAGAGGAAGUAGAAUCCCGACGGUGGCAGAAGAUAGCUGAUGAACUGGGAAAUCGAACUGCAAAACAGGUUGCCAGCAGGGUGCAAAAGUAUUUCAUAAAACUGACUAAAGCUGGCAUUCCGGUACCAGGCAGAACUCCAAACUUAUAUUUAUACUCCAAAAAGUCAUCAAGCAGGCGACAGCACCCCCUAAAUAAACAUCUCUUCAAACCUUCAACUUUCAUGACAUCCCAUGAACCUCCAGUUUAUAUGGAUGAGGAUGAUGACAGAUCCAGUUUUCAGAGCCAUAUGGAUGCUGCAGCAGAAGAGGAAGUAUCGGAUGAGGAAAGUAUCCCGAUAUCGUAUCGAGAGUUACCUGAAUACAAAGAAUUGCUAGAGUUAAAAAAGUUGAAGAAGCAAAAACUCCAGCAGAUGCAUGCAGAAAGUGGAUUUGUGCAGCAUGUGGGCUUCAAGUGUGACAACUGCGGAACGGAACCCAUUCAAGGCAUUCGGUGGCACUGCCAGGAUUGCCCGCAAGAAAUGUCCUUGGAUUUCUGUGAUUCUUGUUCUGACUGUCUACAUGAAACAGAGAUUCACAAGGAAGAUCACCAGUUACAGCCUAUUUACAGAGCAGAGACAUUCUUAGAUAGAGACUACUGCAUGUCCCAAGGCACCAGUUACAAUUAUCUUGACCCAAACUACUUUCCAGCAAAUAGAUGACAUGGGAAGCAGACUUACAACCUUGGGCUUACUAUCCUCUUUGAAAAGUAACAAUGGCAUCAUUGUUAAUUCCGUGCACACUUUGGAAAGACUCUGCUUUCCCUGAAAUGUCACUCACAGCAUGACAGCUUCCUGGGUGUACUCGUCAAACUACAGCUCUGAACUGUCACGGUUCUUGAUCACUGAACAGCAGCUGAACAUUCCUAGUGUGCAGAAGGUUUCACUGGGAGAUUUUCCUUUUACCACCUUAGUCAUUUUUAGGUGGUGAAUCUA